ACCAGAUGAAAGCUCAUUUACUGGCGACGAGGAGGACAGCUCGCACUCGCAGUAACUUGGGAGAAGCGCUUAGAGUUAUUCAGCAGGAGCAGACAAACCUCAUCAUGUGCAGAGGACUUGAAUCAUUGCCUAUCACCUGCCUGGAGAGGGCGAAAGAGCUGAGAGCGCUGUUCAGCAGUUUAUUGCAGAGAUCAGACCACAGCAUCCCAGGGCGGUCCACAAGAAGUGACAAACUGAGAUUACAUGAAGUCAACGAGCCUCUAAAAUGGAAGGAGUCGUUUGAAAAUCUCUUGUCCAGUCAAAAUGGACUGUGUGUGUUCAGAGAAUUCCUGGUGUCGGAGUUUAGUGAGGAAAACAUGGCCUUUUACUUGGCCUGCGAGGACUACAGGACGACUAAACCGUCCAAACUGGCCGCCAAGGCGAAGAAAAUCUACGAGGAGUUCAUCUCCUCCGAUGCACCGCGGGAGGUAAACCUUGACCACUCUACCAAAGAGAUCACCAAGGAGAACCUGAAACGGGCCAGCCAGUCCUGUUUCGAUCAGGCUCAGGACAAAAUCUACACCCUAAUGGAGAAGGACUGCUACCCCCGCUUCCUCAGAUCAUCGGCGUACCUGGAGCUGACCAGGAACACGAAGACAGGCUAAGAGACUUUAUUUAAAAAAAAAAAAA